AUGCCGCAAAUACAGCUGGGUCUCUACAUGAUGUCAGGAAAGGAAGCUACUCACGCAGUCCGGUGGGCCCUGGCUGCGGGAUAUCGCGGCUUUGAUUGUGCGCAGAUGUACCAUAAUGAGCGCGAGGCUGGCAAAGCCAUUCGAGAUUUUCUGGCCAGUGACGAAAAUACCGAGGGCUUAACGCGCGAGGAUAUUCAUUACACCACGAAGCUGGCCUCCAGCAGCACCAACUAUCAGGCAGUUCGCAAUUCUAUCAAAAGGUCCGUCGAUGAGUGCGGCCUGGGCUAUGUAGACCUCUUCCUCCUACAUAGUCCGUACGGGGGCAAGCAAGCAAGGUUGGCUAGCUGGAAGGCUUUGGAAGAUGCUGUGGAAGCAGGUGAAGUAAAAAUGGCUGGUGUUAGUAAUUAUGGUGUCAAACAUAUCAAAGAACUCAUGGCAUCGAACCCUAAGGUCCAUCCUGUCGUCAACCAAAUUGAAGUGCAUCCAUUCAACACUCAGACAGAAAUCAGGAAGAUCUGCGCAAAACACAACAUCGUGAUUGAAGCAUAUGCACCGCUAGCCCGAGCUAUGCGCAUGAACCAUCCGAAGAUUGUUGAACUUUCCAGGGCGUAUGACUGUACACCAGCACAACUCUUAGUUAGAUGGUCUCUGCAACACAACUUCAUUACCUUGCCCAAGAGUGCAAAGAAGGCACGGCUGAUUGAGAACGUGGAUGUCAAUAACUUUGAGAUUUCAAAAGAAGAUAUGGAAUCCAUGAACGAGCUUGAUGAAGGGCUGGUGACAGAUUGGGAUCCCACAGAUGCUCCGUAG